UUUUUAAAAAAAAAAAUUAUAAACUAUUUUAUUUUUUUUGUAAAAUGGGAGAUGGGGAAGAAAAGCUUGAAUUAAUUAUUUUCAUGACUUUUACAGAACUAAAAACUAAACCCGAAUCAAAAAUGGAGCAAAAAUUACAAGAUCAAUUGGAAAACCUAAAAAAUCUAAAGCAAAAAAUUGAUAAACAAAGUCAACCUUACUGGAACGCGAUAAAAUCAACAUUCGAUACAUGCUGGCAGUAUCAAGAAUUCAGAUUAGGAGUGUAUAUCUUCGGUCUGCUGUCGGUAAUUCCAGCAGCCAUAUUUGUACUGUUCCUAAGUUCUGUAGUGUUUAUUACUUCUGUGUUGGUCAGCUUCAUAUGGACAUUUUUUGUAUUUUCAGCCGGUGCAUUUGGAUUAAUCAUACUUCUGCCAAUACUGUUCAGCAUAUCUAUUGCAGUGGCAUUUCUGAUUGUUGGGCAUGAUGUUUACCAAUAUCUGAUACGGUUAAAACAAGCAAAUAAAGACAAGGUUAUACAAUAAAAAUAAUAUUUUGGGCAAUGGGAAAAAUCAGUGCUUGACAUCAAUAAUUUAUCAUCAAAUAAAAUCUCAUGUCGUCAUUAUACUUGUUUUAGUCAUGUAUUGAAGAGUAAUUGCAUGCCGCUGCACCAUGCAAUUCCAAUCUAACCUUCAAAAAAAAAAAAGCUGGUGGUGUGUGUAGCGAAUUAGAUUCCCCACACCGCAAAGCCAGCAUAAAACAAGG